ACGGGGAUUGAUGCUGCUACCUUCUGUGCGGCGUAGGAAGACAACCAUUGUCUAAUGCGGGGAUGCAGGUGGAUCGGCUGGGCUCAUAACGGCAUGUGAGUCUGAAGUCUGUCCUUCCGGAAGACGAAGAAGUCUGCAGCAUAUCACCUCCAUGUAAAUAUUCAAAAGACUGCCCGGAACGUUGUCUUUCUAUCGGGUGUUGGAGCACAGAAUAAUGCCCAGAGCAAUGGGACACUGAGGAAGAUGGCGCUUGCACCUGUUUCUGCUUGGCUCUGUGCCUAGCUAACUCCUGGAGACUGGACUGGACUGCAGCUGGAAGGAGGCCAGGAUAUUUGGUUUAUGAGUGAGGGGAAGAGGAACAGAGAACCUUGAAUUAGUUUUGUAUUUUUUCUGACCCAACUACCACACUUCAACAUUCUACAACAAUCACCACUUCACUUGGUUUUGUAAAUGUACUAGUUCCUAGACGUAUGUUCUAGGUCCUAUAUUCCUAAACCUAGGCUAUAUGCUAGUUCCUAUAUUCCUAAACCUAGGCUAUAUGCUAGUUCCUAGAUUCCUAAACCUAGGCUAUAUGCUAGUUCCUAGAUUCCUAAACUUAGGCUAUGUGCUAGUUCCAAAAUUCCCCAGUGUAAGCUACAGUAUGUGCUAGUUCCUAGAGUCUUAAAUGUUUAUUGCUAGUACCUAGAUUCUUAAAUAUUUAGUGCUAGUUCCUAGAUUCUUAAAUGUUUAGUGCUAGUACCUAGAUUCUUAAAUGUUUAGUGCUAGUUCCUAGAUUCUUAAACGUUUAGUGCUAGUUCCUAGACUCUUAAAUGUUUAGUGCUAGUUCCUAGAUUCUUAAAUGUUUAGUGCUAGUUCCUAGAUUCUUAAAUGUUUAGUGCUAGUUCCUAGACUCUUAAAUGUUUAGUGCUAGUUCCUAGAUUCUUAAAUGUUUAGUGCUAGUUCCUAGAUUCUUAAAUGUUUAGUGCUAGUUCCUAGAUUCUUAAAUGUUUAGUGCUAGUUCCUAGACUCUUAAAUGUUUAGUGCUAGUUCCUAGAUUCCAAAACAUAUGGAUUCUAUGAUAUCACCAGAACGUUAUGGUAGCCGCUUCUCUGGAUAACAGGUGACACAAUUCCCAAUUUUUCCACUCAAUGGAGAGGCUAAGAAGAGAAUCAGGAUAGAGAGGCAAAGCUAAAGAGAAGAAUUUGAAUCAUAUUAUUGCUGUACACUUUAGGGAAAACACAACAACAGUGUAGACUGGAGAUCAUUUCGGCCUCUCUCCCAGCGGUAGUGGAUUAAAAGCAACGAGACCUAGUUUGAGGGAUUAGGGUCAGAAGUGGAAGAUGAUAAGCAGACAGGGGAGGUGUGAAGUUCGGGCCGUGUGGCCCCUGCUAUUGACUGGGCUGCUGUUGACAGUCAUGGCCACGGCCUUGGAGUACGAGGGAGUCCCUGGUCAGUGGGCACGGUACGGCCGCUGGGAAGCCAAGGCCACAGGCCAGCUGAGCUUCGCUCUGAAGACCAACAUCAGCAAGGCCCUGGUGCUCUACCUGGACGACGGAGGGAACUGUGACUUCCUGGAGCUUCUGAUCGCAGACGGCUGGCUGCAUCUUCGCUUCACCAUCCACUGUGCAGAGCCGGCCUCCCUGCACACGGAGACUCGUGUCAACGACCAGCGCUGGCACCGCGUGCUGCUCACCCGUAACUACAGAGAGACCAGCCUGGUGGUUGACAACGAGGACAAGGUGGCCGAGGUCAAGUCCAAGAGAAGUGAGAUGGUGGUGGCCAGUGACCUUUACGUAGGUGGCAUUUCUCCAGAUGUUCGCCUAUCUGCCCUCACGUCCAGCACCGUCAAAUACGAGCCACCCUUCCAGGGCCUGAUCACCAACCUAAAGCUGGGGGAGACCCUCCCCGUGCUCCUGGAUGGCCAGGGUGUUCAGAAUGAUUUGGAAUACCUGUGCAUUAAACAGAACCCCUGCAGCAACAGAGGCCUCUGCUCCAUCCACCAGGGAGAGGUCCUCUGUGACUGCACCGACACUGGAUACAAGGGAAACUACUGCCAUGAAGUUAUCCAGAAAGCAGUAGAAGGUCUGGCGCACUUGAUGUUAAACCGCCAAGAUGAUUCGUGA